GCCAUGUCGAAGAAGCCCAAGACCGCGCCUGGACCGUCGCCCCCGACGACGCUCCUCGCGUCCCUCCUCCAGUACAUCGGUCCGCAGCUGGACGCCAAGGCCUUGCUCAUGGCGCUCCCGCAAGACGAGCUCGCCCCGCCCUUCGCUGCGCUGCGCCGCCUCAUGACGACCCCGGCGGCCUUUGACGGCCAGUGGUCCAUGCUCCGGCUUGACCUCGUCCCGGACGCGUACAUGAGCCUCGUCUUGGUCGCGUUGCCCGCGAUUCCGCGGGUGGAUCUCUCUAUAUGGUACACGCGUGCGGCUGCGGCUGACAAGGAGGUCUGGCUCGCCGCAUCAGUCUACAAGCUCAAGUCGAUGCAUCUCUCGUGGCUCAAGAUGCCAUCCGUCCAUAGCGCCUUGCCCAUGUGCACGCAGCUCGAGCGUGCUGGGGCCGUAUCGAACCCGAGCGAGAUGGCCGAGGCAUUGCGUCUGCUGCCACCGAGCGUUCGGCGAUUGGAUUUUGAUUCGGAAUGCUUCGACGACGCGUAUCUUGCAGCCUUGUCGCCGUGGCUACGGAAGGGACAUGCCCGACAUCUUUGCUUCGUACAGCCCGGCGAGAAUUCCAACGUUGUCGGCCUUGCGGAGCUGCUGGCGUCGACCACGUCCCUCACGACUUUGGACCUGGACAUGGACGCAGAUCUCCUCAUCGACGCACUGGCGGCCACAAACCUUCCUCUCGACCACUUCAAGGCCAUCCGGUUCUACUCGAACGCUGAUGACAACGUUGUUCGUUUCUUGCAUCGACUCGACCACGCCACGCUAACGCGCCUCGAUGCCAGCGGCUUGCGCGACUUCCACUGCCUCGUCCCGCUUCUCGCCGAGAUGUCACAGCUUGAAGAGCUGGCGCUCCGGCUUCCGACGGAUUCGGUAGUGCCGGCCGCCCUUGGUGUCACUCGCUUUCCGUGCCUGCGCGUGCUCACGAUCCAAUUCUACGAGCUCGCGUACGACUGCGUUCGCACGUUUUUUCACUGGACGUGCGCGUUACCGCAAUUGACCGAGGUCCACUGGGUCGACGUGACGAUCGGAGAAUCAGUCGAGUCGCUGCGUCUUCUCAAGCAAGCCAUCCGACGCUGGAUCACGAUGCUUUCGGUGCUGUCGUUUCGCGGCGACGACUUUGUCGAGAAGUGCCUCCACUGCAUUGGGCACGCACUUCGCGCACGAAAGUCGAACCCACGUGCGCUCCUUCUCGACCUGGGGGCGGACCAGCUCCAGUAUCUCAUGGCCGUUGACAACAUUUGCGUGCUUCUGACCGCACUUCGAGGUCUCGCACAUGUGACGCUCGAGCUCUGUGUGAACCCCCAAGACGAGGCAUUUAUCAAGGCCUACGCACGAACAGAGCGCAUCGCGAUGGAAAUCCUCGAACGUCGCCGGUCUUUCCCAGAAGGACGCGACGAAGGCCUCGUUCUACGCUGUCGCUUCCACGCCUUCUAAGACGAUAAUUGAGCGUUUCCGGGUCGGCCCCGAACUAUC